GUUACAGAUAAUAAUUGUGUGGCAGUAUAGAUUCAUGAGGGUUCUUUCCUUAAGAACUGGUAUAUUUUAUCUUUAUCGUUCCGUUACUAGGAUUAAUUGAAACUUGACAAACAAAAUAUGAGAGCAGUCAUUCAAAGGGUUCUGAGUGCAAAUGCAUCAGCGGAUGGUAAAGUCAUAUCAUCCAUUGGACAGGGAUUAUGUGUUCUUAUAGGCAUAUCAAGAAACGACACUAAAUCUGAUAUUGAAUACAUAGUGAAAAAGAUUCUUAACUCAAAGUUGUUUGAAGACAGUAAUGGGAAACGAUGGUCCAAAUCAGUGAAAGAUUGCGAAGGAGAAAUUCUUUGCCUCAGUCAAGUAACACUCUAUAAUACUUUUAAAGGUAAUAAACUUGACUUUCACCAUGCUAUGGCUCCAGAAAAAGGAAAGGAAUUUUACAAUAAAUUUUUGGAACAUAUUAGAGCUGAAUACAAACCUGAGCUUGUAAAAGAAGGAAUAUUUGGAGCCCAUUUGGUGAUUUCUUUACAAAAUGAUGGUCCAGUUACGAUAACCGUAGAUUCACCAAAUAGUUUAGAAAAAAAAGAGGAAAUGGAUUUAGGCCUAAGUUCUUCUCAAACACCAAGUGUCAAGCAAGACAGUACUUCAUCACAGACAUGCUUAAUAAAACAAGAUAGUACUUAUUCACAAACCAAUCAAUCGUUCGGUGACAAAAAAUUAAAUUGUGACUGUUCUCAGGUUGAGAAUAGUGGGGAUAAAGUGAAACAGGGCAGUACAUCUUCACAAACUUGUUUAGUAAAGCAGGAUCACACAUCUUCUCAAACUCGUUUGGUAAAACAAGACAGCGCCUCUUCACAAACUCAUUUGAUAAUGCAGGAUAGUAUUUCUUCUCAAACCUUAAAAGAAAGUGAACUAUCAGAAGAAAAUGCAUCAGCUAACCAAGAUUCAAAGUUCUCACAAACUACAAGCAUUCUCCAGAGCAACAUGUCUUCUCAGACACAUCUGGUGAAACAAGAUAGUGUAUCAUCGCAAACUUGUUCUAGAUUACAAGAAGGUAUGUCUAACUCAGCAAGAGCUCAGACUACUGCUUAAUGUUGUUUGAACGAGAAGACUAUCUGUCUGCAAUUUCAAUUCUUUCUAUAUACUAAUAAUGGCAGAUGAUUUUUUUUUUUAAUCUUGUGUAUAAAAAUUUUACAAUAAUAAAAUUUCUGGAUUUGAUAUACAGUCACUCCAUAUUAAUUAAUCAACAAAAUAUUUUCACCUUUGUAUAAAUUAUAUAUUGCUUUGUAUUAAUGGUAAAUUGCACAAUUUGAAAUCACUGUAUCUAAUGAACAUUUUAAUCUUUGUAUUCUAGACUUUCACAAACUUAAUAUGUGUAAAUAGAAGUUUGUUUAUGUCUAGGAAAAAAAUCACAAAUUAAAAGGAACUAGUAUAUCAAGUUCUAUUAAAUAUAAAGGUGAGAGCUGUUUGAUACUCUAUUCUUAUCCAUAUUAAAUACAUGAUUGCUGAAUAAUAAUCCCAAAAAAUUUUUAUUAAAUAAUUUGAUAUUAUUAGGUUCUAAAUGCUCUUAAAAAAAUAAUAUAUUUUAGGUGAAAAUUCUUGAUGGAUUAUUCAGUAGCUCAUUACAUACCAUUAACUAUUUUAUGAAAUUGAAGAAGCGACUGCAAUGGUCCAAAUAAAUCUUGAAAUUAACAUUAACCUAUUUAACACUGUAUGUCUAAAACCAUCUAAUACCAUUUGUCUUUCAUUAUUUUUUUAUAACAAUGUUAUUUAGUGCAGUGGUUCCACACAGACAAAGUAAAAACAUGUCUAAUUGAAGUAAUACAUUGGGUUAUUAAUCUGUCAGCAAAAUCGAUUAAUAUUACUUUAUUAUAAUAUAUAAUGUCGACAUUUUUUUUUUAAUGCCUGUUCGUCUUUUUUGCAGCUUAUUGCAUUUCCCUUCCAUUUUUUUACCCUCAUCCUCUCCCUCAACUAGUUGAAAAAUCCUCAUAUUUAGAGCUUGAAAUUGCAACUGGCUUCCUUCCCGUUAUCGCCUUGCCAAUGCAUUUAAAUAAGCUUGACGUCCUUUGAAAUUAUAUUCUAAUACAAAAUAUUAAUUAUAUAUCUGGUAAAGUAAGAAAUACCUGACGGCUACGAAAAAUAUAUGGUCUUCAAAAGUUUAAAAAAAUUUCCUGUAGGUAAAAAAAAUAUUUUAACACUUCAAAAUAGAAGUUCAUUAAUAAUUGUUAAUCCUAUUUUAUAAUAAUUUGAAUAAACCAAAAUUGAAGUUUUAUACAAGUACUGAGUUU